GUUCUCAAAGCAUCCACUGUGUUGCCAACAGGGAGUGCAGACUACACAUGUCCUCAGCAAUAAAGAGUUGAGACCUUCAUUCCAAGUCAUCAUGAACUUCCAGAAGCAAAAUUACCAAACAGCCAUGUGAAUCUCUUGAGCAUGCUCCCAGGUCUGAGACCUAACUGGUACCAAAUUCCAUGUUCACUUAUAGUGAACAAGAGCAUGUUCCCAAAUUCCUCGAACUUGGGUCGUCCACCCUUUCAUCCAAAGUAUCAGCAGCCCAAUAAUUUCUUCAAACUUCCCCUCAACUUGUCCCCGACUCUUUCUCACCAGCAGAUUAUAGAUGCCCAGUUCAGCUGUCAAAAUGUAGAUAGUCUACCAAGAACUCUCUUAAGUGGGAACCUUUCACCUAUCCCAGCACAGUCAUUAUCUUAUGGAAAUGGAAGUCCAAUACAAACAUCAACUUCUCCAGUAUUCCGAGGAAGAAAGAGAUUAAGCAAUGAACAAAAUGUUCCCCUUGAUAUUAAACGACAGCGGUUUCAUUCACCCCACCAUGAAUCAACUGUAGCUAACCAAACAGUGCCUUUAUCAGAUGAAAGAAGAUAUUCAGCACCGGGAUCAGUUACUCUACCAUUGUUGCAUUCAUAUUACGUACCAGAUUUAGUCAGAUCCGUUCCACCCUUUCGAGAAGCACCAUUUUCAGAACCUAGAGAAAUAACACUUCCAGUGGCCAAAGAUGAGUUGAGUCAGCAGGUAUUGAACGUAUUUCAAGUGUGUCAGCAGCGAACAUGUGAUUUGAAGAAGAAAGAACUCUGUCGAUCACAAUUGCAGAGAGAAAUUCAACUGAUAUUUCCACAGAGCAGACUCUUCUUGGUUGGAUCCUCAUUGAAUGGAUUUGGUACAAGAAGCAGUGAUGGUGAUUUGUGUCUGGUUGUUAAGGAGGAGCCAGUAAAUCAGAAGACUGAAGCAAGAUAUAUACUCAGCUUAGUCCAAAAACAUUUCUGUACUAGACUUUCAGGCUACAUUGAGAGACCUCAGCUGAUUCCAGCAAAAGUGCCAAUUGUGAAAUUCAGGGAUAAAGUCAGUUGUGUGGAGUUUGACUUGAAUGUAAACAAUAUUGUAGGAAUAAGAAACACAUUCCUCCUCCGAACCUAUGCAUAUCUGUUAAUUUUACUUACAGUUGAGAGUCGAGUUCGUCCUUUAGUACUGGUGGUUAAGAAGUGGGCAAGUCACCAUGAAAUAAAUGAUGCUAGUCGUGGCACAUUAAACAGCUAUAGUCUUGUAUUGAUGGUUUUGCACUAUUUACAAACCCUACCUGAACCCAUCCUUCCAUCCCUCCAAAAAAAUUACCCAGAAUCCUUUAGUUCUUCUAUGCAGCUGCACCUUGUACAUCAAGCUCCAUUUACCAUUCCUCCUUACCUCUCAAAGAAUAGGUCAGCUCUUGGGGACCUGUUAUUGGGCUUCCUUAAAUAUUAUGCCACAGAAUUUGACUGGAGCAGCCAAAUGAUUUCAGUCCGUGAAGCCAAAGCUCUUCCAAGACCUGAUGGUGUUGAGUGGAGAAAUAAAUUUAUCUGUGUAGAAGAACCAUUUGAUGGAACAAAUACAGCCAGAGCUGUGCAUGAAAAGCAGAAGUUUGACAUGAUCAAGGAUGAAUUUCUAAAGUCUUGGCACAGAUUGAAAAGCAAGAGAGACUUGAACAGUAUACUACCUUUUAAGAGCUACUAUGCAGAAUAGAUAACUGGCUUCUAAUUAAUUCCUAAUUACUUCUAAGAAAUAAAGGACAUUAUUAACACCUCAAUGUAUUUUGUUCCCUCCAUCAUGGUUUCUUUCUAAUUAAAUAUUUUCUUUUUCAGAUUUUGUUAAAAAUAUUUGUAUAAAAGAUUGCAUAUUUUAUUAUGGCAUUUGCUACUAUAAAUUUAGUUUAAAAUGCAUUUCUAAAAAAUGUAUAUAUUGUUGACUUAGAAUACAGGCUGUUGUGCCAUAAGUUUAAAAACACAAAAUUACCUAUAUUUAUGAAGAUGGUCAGAGCAAUUAAAAGGAUUUGAAAAGGAUCAAAAUGUAAUUAUACCAUAUUAACAUAGAAGACAUUUGUUGAAUUUAUAGGAAAGGUAAUCAGUAUGCUCAAGGUUUAACAACAUUCAAUUGCAAUUUCAUUGUCCAGACCUAUAGGAGCAAAAAAAGUUACCAUAACCUUUUUAUUCAAAUUUUUAUGGUAGGUGGGGCCUUAGGAUUUGGCCAUAUUACUAUAAGACAGGAGACUAUGUUUGGAGUACAUUGGAAUUAAUUUUUCACCUUGAAACAAUAAUACCUUUUGCAUCAUAGUCCUAUGAACAUUAAAUCUAUAUUGUACCCAGAUUGGUGGAUUCUUCUGAAGAAUCUACUCAACUGUUGACAUACUGGGGGAUGUCUCUGGGUGUUUAUAAUAACUCAGAAUAAUGAGCUCUUUUUUUCUACUCAGCAUUUUUAAAUUUUUAUUUUCCCUGUGACAGGAAACAACCGAGACACUUAUCAGAGUUAAGAUUAUAUCCUAGUUCUAGUAUCAGGAUUUUUCUGAAUAUUAAAUUACAUGAAUAUAAUCUAAGCUGGAAUUUUCAAACAGCAAACUCUACUAUAAAAUGUUUUAAAUGAUCCAUCACAAAAUGAAUAUAUGUAAAUGGUUAAUAUUUGUAAAGAAUAGAUCAGAUCCUUUUUUAAAAAAUAUUUUCUUUUCACAUAAAGUUGUGGUGACUGCUAAAAUAGCUGCUAAAAUAAAGCCAAGGUGGUUUGCGCGCACACGCGCGCGUGCGUUUGUAUCUGUGUAUAAAUAUCUGUAAAAUUGGUCAGCUUGUUGUAAAUUGAAAUAUUAAAAAAAAGUAAUUAAAAUUUUUUAUCUUUUUAAAAAA